AUGGCGACAAUUCCUGAUAGAAAUCUUGAAAGUGUGGAUAAUGAUGCAAAGACGACUAAUGGUGACGAUCAUAAAACGACACAAGAGGACGAAGUAAAAAAAUUACCAACAUCAUCAUCGAGUGAUAGUGAUCAAGGUGAUAAAACAACGAAUAAGGCCGAUGAUUUAAAUCAAAUCACACCACACACAAAUAGCUUAUCGUCAGAAAAAUCUUCCAAUGAAGAUAUGAAGUCGAACACGAUAUCUUCAGCAUCAAAUACUGAAUCAAAUACAAAUACCGAGAAGAAGAAUGAAGAAAAAAUCUCAACAAAUACUCCAACGAAAGAAGAAUUUCGAUCUACACGUGUAUCUUCUAGUUCAGCUAAUGGCAAUGCAGUAGAAACUACAACGAAAACAUCUUCGAACAAUGAUGAAGAUAGUAAAAAAGUUGAAUCGACAGCAAAAGUUAAUUCUUCUGAUUCGAAUGACAAUCGAAAUCAACAAGGUGAUGAUAGUUUCACAAUUGGAAAAGGUGAUUCAAAAUAUUUGACUGAUUUACAACGACAAAAAGCAAAAUAUUUUUUCAAUGUUAAUCUUGAUAUUGAAAAUAAAGAAUUUGUCACUUGGGAAGAUGUUGAAUUUUAUUUAUUAUUUCAUGUAACUGCUGCAGGAAAAGAAGGAUCCGAUGAUGGUGAUUUAGAAGGACGAUUAAGUCGAGCAACACGAGCUUUCUGGGAACAUGUUCACGAUCAAGUUCCGUUACCCGAUGGAAAACGCGAUACAUUAACAUUAGAUCAAUUUCUUGAUGCAUGGGCUAGUCUUACGGAUUAUGUUGUUCGACGAAAUCAACUACCGCCUGUUGUUCAAGAUCUAGUUAAACUCGGUUUUGAAUUAUAUUCAACGGAUAGUAACGACGGAGAACUAGCUACAAUUGAGCCGAGUGCAUUUGAUCAACUUUUUCAAAAAAUGAAUUUAGGUCGAUCACAUGCAAUUAUAGCAUACAAAUUUCUUACUCAAAAUGGGACGCAAUUAUUAGAUGCUGAUAAAGUAGAGUCAAUUGUAAAGGGCGUGAUUACAUCGUCCGAUGAAGAACAUAAUUCUCAUUUUCUACUACCAGGUUUCUUUAAAAUAUUAGGCAAUAAUAAAAAUAAUGAAAAAGAAAAAACAAAUAAACAAUCUUCACCAGUUGCCGACAAGGAACAAAUUGAAGUACCGGAUAAAUCAUCGACAUCAACUUCUCCAUCGCAACAAACAGAAAAACCACAAGAAUCUUCUUCAACACCUAUCAAAGAACAAAAACCAAAUAGUCCAUCACAAUCUAAUUGUACUUCUCAAAAUGGAACAGUAAAAUCUGCUACAGAAAAUUCAUCAACUACUCAACAACCACAACAAUGUGCACCACCGUCAAAUAUACAAAAGCCUACCGUUCGAGAUCAAGACGAAAGUAUUCGUCGUCUUUUACAGUACUAUCAUAUCGAUGAUGGUGAUAUUGUUGAAGUUGCUGAUGGUUCUGCAAAACGUGUAGUUCUACUUCAUCCUGAGCGACCUCUUCCAACUUAUAUACAAAAAAAUCCAGAUCUAUUAAAAAACAUACAACAAGAUUCGAAUAAUGUCUUGUCUACUCAACAGAAUGGAUCUAAUGUUCAAGGUAACAAAUCAAAUAACGAUGAAAAACCAAAAUUGACUCUAGAAGAACGUGUGUCUCGCGGUGAAGCCCAAAAAGGUCCUACGAUACCAGUACGUCAAGUAUAUCCACAACAAGGAAGCGGGUCAGCAACACGUAUACGUCAAGUAUAUCCACAAUUAAAUGAAGCUCAUCAAGAAGAACAACAAAAACAGGCUAAAAUUCAAGCAGCUCAAUCUCACAACGAAGAAAAAAAGACAACAGAAACAUCUGCAGCAGUAGCAGCAGCAACACCAUCAUCACCAUCGUCAUCGAAAGAAGAAAAACCAGAGACACAUCGUAAUGAAGAAGAAAAAUUGGUUGCUGCUGUUUUAAAACGAUUAGUGCCCAUAGUUGAAAAAAAAGUUUCUGAACAAUUACGUCGUAUGCAAAGUGAUGGAAGUGAACAAGGGGAUGACGAAGCUGAUUUUAUACCAUUUCCAUUUAUGUUCGGUGGCGCUCCUUUUUUUGCUCCUCCAGGUCGAGGCCCACCAUCACAAUUAUUUAGACAACAACAACAACAACAACAACAGCAGCAGCCGGGUUCUCAACAAAACGCAGAAGAUGCAACACAAGAACAACAACCAAGUGGACCUAGAGAAGUUGAUUUCGGUAGACUCCCACCAGGUUCUGCAUUCAUACCACCUCAAUUACUUAUGGCUAUGAUGAAUGAUUUAGCAAGAGGAGGAAUGGAAGGUGAAAUAUCUGAUUUUCCAGGCAAUAUGCCACCACCUCCUCGUGGUCCAGGUGGUGUUCCAUCAGGCCUUGAAGGUUUUAUGAUGUUUGUUGAUGGUGAACAAAUGAUGGGCAGUCAACCUGGUUAUUCAUCACGUGCUGGGCCUCGCUUUUAA